AUGUCCGUCCAUGCCCUCUCCUUCUCCGCCCAGCACAACUUCUCUAAACAAUCCUCCAAUACCCUAACACUACUCCCUGAUUUGGGCGUAAAGGGAGACUGCCACUGCGGCGAGACGGUCCAACACCGCUCAAGACUGAAAAUAAGGCCACCGCCCAAGAACCUCCGGCAGGUACACCUUAUCGACUUGGAAAUUCUUGACGAGCUCAAAGUGAAGCCUGGGGAGUUAGGUGAGAACAUCACGACCAAGGGAGUUAAGUUGUUGGAGCUGGGCGCGGGGACGAGGUUGCACUUGAUGUCUCCGGCCGCGACGGCCACCGGUACUGGCACGACUGGGAGCGAUCUCAAAGACGGCGGACCUGGAGCUGGAAUUGUUCAGGAAAGAUCGGAGACCGCCGGUCAUCCCGUUCUGGUGGUGACAGGGCUGCGGAACCCGUGUCCGCAAAUCAACCACUUCCGUUCAGGGUUGCAAGAGCGGUUCGUCGAGAGGGAUGAGCAGCGAGCAAUUGUUGUUCGGAAGGCGGGUAUCAUGAGCACUGUUGAAGUUGGAGGAGCCAUAGAAGUCGGCAUGCGGAUCGUGGUCGAACAGCCGGCGGUAUGGAAGGCUUUGGAGUGUGUAUGA